GCCGUUUCAAAGCAGGUUUUCACGCGUCGACAAUCAAUGCUUCUGCUCUUGAACCGCGACGACGAGUCCUCCUCGUACACUGAAUUGCCAAUCACGAGCGGAGCCACCCCUAAACUCCCUCCACUAGCGUCACUUCAGCAAACCACGCGUCUAGGAUGCCAUCAAGUGCCGCUGCUGCGCCUGCAAAAACCUCAGUACGGACACGUCUACCACACGUCCCUCCAGCGCACGUUUAAAGUCGUGCUGGAUGACCAGUUGCAAGUGGACUGGCGCGGCACGUUCAUUUGCUUUGGCUACGACGAGGGCAGUGUGUUCGCCGCGUUGUGUGGCCGCCGCAAGGGGCGUUGGCGUCACGAAGAAGUGCGAUACGCUGCAUAUUGGCUCGAGAGAUUGCAUGGAGGCGCCAGUCGUCAGUCCACCCGCGCCGCCCUAGCAGCUGCUUUGCACAGCGACGAAAUGCGCGUGCUCAAGAAGCUGCACAAUUGCCCCGUCUUAACCAGCAUGGCAAAGUCGUCAAGCGGACAAUCAUCCGACUCGUACGAGUCGCUGCGUGUGGGGUUUUUGAAAGCGACACAGUUGGAGGCGUUGCUUGCGAUUCGACCCCACCUGGGUUACUUGAUAGCCAUGGCGCCUUCCGUGCGAUGAUUGGUGUUUCUGCGUGUAACGUUAUCAGUAGGAAGGGGGGAAGCUCCAAGCAAUAGAUUACCCUUUUUAGCACCACAUGAACCAAUGUUGGUGGUGGC